GGAGUCUUACGAUUUAUACGUACCUCACGCAAGACCAAUGUAUAAGUGAUCCACAAUGACAGCAAACAAGUGGUUCAAAAGUCAUAGGAACAAGUGCUAUCUUGUAUUAGACAUGAGAAGUGACGAGGUUCUGUUCUUCGUUCUUCUUUUUUGGUCCCAACUAUGUUCAGCUAGAGAUACAUUGAACGCUGGCCAGACAAUAACUCAACAUUCGGCGGCGUUAAACCUUGUUUCAUCCAAACUUACUUUUGAGCUGGGCUUCUUUUCUUUAAGCGUAAAGACAUACUUAGGGAUAUGGUAUCAUGGGUUGGAACCACUAACAGUGGUUUGGGUUGCCAAUAGAGACAACCCUGUUGAAGAUUCUAGCGGAGUAUUUCGAAUUUCCGAGGAUGGAAAUCUGGUGGUAGAAAGUGCAGCAGGGAGUUAUCACUGGUCCUCGCAACUUGAACUAUCCUCGUCCACAAACAGAACAGUGGUGCUCCUAGAUUCAGGGAACCUCGUACUAAUGGACGAUGAUAGUAACAUGUUGUGGCAGAGCUUCCGAAACCCAACAGACACCUUUCUCCCUGGCAUGAAAAUGGAUGCCAAUUUAACGUUGAGUUCAUGGAGAGACGCCGCUGACCCAGCACGUGGGGACUUCACCUUUAAGCUGGAUGGUACUCAAAACAUGGUAGUGGAAAAAGAGUCAAAACUUUACUGGGCAUUUGAUCGACUUGACGUGGACACAGAAGCCAUUUCCCUAUUAAUUUUCAAUUUGUUGGAGAAAGCCACCGGGGUUACUAUAUCCUACAAUAUCUCAAAGAAAACUGUCUUCGAAUCGCCACCUUACAAUUACUCCAAUUCAAGGCUGUUAAUGAAUUCUAGCGGGGAGAUACAGUUUCUCAAGUGGAACCAGGAAGAGUUGCAAUGGGAUAAGCGUUGGUCGGGGCCAUCUGACAAGUGUGACAUACAUGACUAUUGUGGUAGCUUUGGGAUCUGUAACAAAAAUAAUGAGAUUCGCUGCAAAUGUUUGCCAGGGUUCAGUCCCAACCAUGAUCCUCAUGACGAUGGAGAAUUCAAAAUCCAAGGGUGCGUCAGAAAAUCAACGUCGUGUAUCCACAACACGGAGGUCAUGUUCUUGAACUUGACCAACAUGAAAGUUGCCGAACCAGGCCAAGAAUUCUAUACAGAAACAGAAGCAGAGUGCCAAUCCUUAUGCCUUAACACUACUAACAAGUGUCCCAAGUCUCAGUGCCAGGCGUAUUCAUAUAAUGAGUCUACGUAUGGUGAUCGUGGUGACUUUACAUGCAAGAUCUGGACACGAAAUUUAUCUACUCUUCUAGAGGACUAUGAUCACGGUCUCGAUCUUUCUAUCCUUGUCAAGGCUUCAGAUAUAGAACCAAGUGCAAAAUGGUGUGAACCUUGCGGCACAUAUGUAAUUCCUUACCCGCUAAGCACUGCACCAAACUGCGGUGACCCCAUGUACAACAAGUUCAAUUGCAGCAAAUCCACAGGCCAAGUUAGCUUCUUGAUGCCCGGAGGAACAUCCCAGCCAGUUACUAGGAUCGAUGAAGAUACCAGAAUGUUUUACAUUCAAACUGAUGCUUCUUAUUCCUGUAGUUCCAUAUAUCAAAACGACACACUUAAUUUUCCAUUUAAUGUAGCUGAUUGCCUUCAAGAUGUUGGAAUAGUUAAAAUGAGUUGGCUACCAGCACCAGAACCUCCAUGUAGUAAGCUUAUAGACUGCAAUAAUUGGCCCCAUUCGACAUGCAAACCAUCAAGUCAAGGAGGAACCAGGUGCCUUUGCGAUUCAAACUAUAAGUGGAAUCACUCAUUUAUGACUUGCACCCAAGAAGAGCCACCAAGAAACCAUUCAACCAAACGAAUGCCGUUGAUUCUUACAUUAACUCUUGGUAUGGCUAUUGUGUCAUGCAUAAUAGCAUUUUCCAUUGUGCAGAGAAAGAAAAAAGCCAAGCUUGAUCGGGAAAGCACCCGAAUUCAGGAGAGCUUAGACGAGAGUGAAAGACAUGUGAAAGGUUUGAUUGGCUUGCGUAGUUUAGGAGAAAAAGACAUUGAAGGCAUUGAAGUACCCUGUUAUACUUUUGCAAGCAUUCUAGCUGCUACAAAUAAUUUCUCAGAUUCUAAUAAGCUUGGAAGAGGAGGUUAUGGACCUGUGUAUAAGGGAAGGUUUCCUGGUGGUCAAGAUAUAGCUGUGAAGAGACUUUCAAGUGCUUCAACUCAAGGCUUACGGGAAUUCAAGAAUGAGGUUAUUUUGAUCGCCAAACUUCAACAUCGAAACCUCGUUAGACUUAGGGGCUAUUGCAUAGAAGGAGAUGAAAAAAUCUUACUUUAUGAAUAUAUGCCAAACAAGAGCUUGGACUCAUUCAUAUUUGAUCGUUCAGGAACUCUACUUCUGGAUUGGCCAAUGAGAUUUGAGAUAAUUGUAGGCAUUGCACGAGGCAUGCUCUAUCUUCACCAAGACUCUAGAUUGAGAGUGAUUCAUAGAGACCUAAAAACCAGCAACAUUCUUCUAGAUGAGGAGAUGAAUCCAAAGAUAUCGGACUUUGGCCUUGCCAAAAUAUUUGGGGGAAAAGAAACCGGAGCAAGUACUGAGAGAGUGGUGGGAACCUAUGGAUACAUGUCUCCAGAGUAUGCCUUGGACGGGCAUUUUUCAAUCAAAUCUGAUGUUUUCAGCUUUGGAGUUGUCUUACUUGAGAUUCUCAGUGGAGAAAGGAACACGGGAUUCUAUCGGUGCGAAGAAAUUUGUAGCCUUUUGGGUUAUGCAUGGAAGUUAUGGACAGAGAACAAGUUAGUGAAUUUAAUGGACCCAUGUCUUGGUGGAACAUGCAAUGAAAAUCAAUUCAUUAAGUGUGCACUUAUUGGGCUCUUAUGCAUACAAGAUGAACCAGGUGAUCGACCCACUAUGUCAAAUGUUUUGUCAAUGCUUGACAUGGAGACAACAACCUUGCCAAUUCCCACGCAGCCAACCUUUUUUGUGAACAAGCGUCUUUUUUCUGUCUCAGCUAACGAAAUGGAAAUAAGUUUGCAAUUUGAUAGCAGUUAUGGAGAAGGCAGAUAGUCCAUGAUGUAGACUAUAGUUAGAAUAUGUGAAAGAUGUUUAAUGAUAUUUUAAUUGUAUUUUAGAAUAAUUUAGAGUAUUUUGUAUUACUUUUAAGGAUUAACUUUUAUAUUUUUCUAUCUUAUAAUUUUUUUUUUAAAUGUGAAGACUUGACGCAAAUUGUAAUUGAAUUUUAUCCUAUAUUGUAGAGGAAGGAACGUCUAGCCCAAAUUUAUCCGAUGAAGAUUGGAUACAUGU